GUUCAUCUUCAGCUCGGUGGUCUACGGUACCAGCUACCGAUCCAUGAACUCCAUGGCAAAGCCGUCUUUCACAGACGAUGGCAGCCUUGCCGACGGGGGAAUUGACCUGAAUAUGGAGCAGGGGAUGGCAGAGCACCUCAAGGAUGUGAUCCUGCUGACAGCGAUAGUCCAAGUGCUGAGCUGCUUCUCCCUCUACGCCUGGUACUUCUGGCUCUUGGCUCCGGGACGUGCUCUCUACCUCCUGUGGGUGAACAUCCUGGGGCCCUGGUUUACAGCCGACUCUUCGCCCGCCGGUCAGGAACCAAAUGAGAAGAAGCAACGCCGACAAGAACGCCGCCAGAUGAAGCGCUUCUAGCUCUGGCUGGGGAGAUAGAUUAACGCCGUCUCUCAUCUUCAUGCUGUUAUUUCAUCAGGGAUGCGACCAAAACCAAUCCGAAACCAUCGCAGUAGCUAUGUUGCCCUCUGUCAUUGCUGCCAUUCUGCUAGAAAGGCCGCAAGAGACUUCCCUUGGUCGGCUCUUAGCGCCGGUCGAGGCCUUGCUCCUUGGGAUGACGAGGGGGGUGAUGCUGGGAUGCGUGUAAAUACCUUUUUAAAGCAGCGCUGUAUCACGUUCGAGGUUGGGGAUUGCAACGUUGGAGGAAAUAGUACAUUAAAGAACAGAGUCU